UCUUUACCUAGCUGAUUAUAUUUUAAUAUUAUUCCAUAAAUGUCAUUAUCUAAAAAGGUUUGAUCUGUCAAUUAAGGCGAGACACUACAGACGAGUAGGGUAAAAAAACGUUAUCACCUUACCCAGUUCAUUGAUUACGUUAAUAAUUGCAAACAUUUUUUGUAUAACACUUUUUCUAAAAUAUCAAGUUUAAAUAUGCAAAUGAUGCAUUAUUUCAUGAAAUAUGCGCUAAUUUUCAUACAUUUUCUAGAACAAACAUCUAAACACUGGGUGAAAUCUUUUUCAAAAUUCCCAUAAAAAUAUUUUUUUCUCAUUUAUUCAUUCCAUAAUACAGAAACUGCAGACAGAAAACAAUACAUUUUGACAGUUUUUGGGGGGAAUAAAAUUUAUAUUAUCAUGCAAAUGAUACAUGAACUAGCCCCUCUGUAAAAACCUUCAGGAUAUAGUAAAUUUAAAGUUUGGUGUGUACUGAAAUAGAGAUACUUGGCUCAGCGUAGGAGAAAAAAAAUAAUUUGAAGAAAUCAGCCUUUGAAAAUGCGUAAUUUUAAAACAGAGAAAUUUCUAUGAAAGAAAAACAGUGACUUUUCAAUAUUUUUUUUCCACUGAUCUGAAAAACUAAUUUAUGUAAAACCAAAAAGCUCAAUUUGACAAGUGCAUGAAAAACAGGGUUUUUGCCUGCAGUGUCUCCCCUUAGAAGAUAUAAUUAGAGCAAUAUAACAUUUGAAGUUUAAUGCAUACGUAGUAACGUGUAUUCUGUUACAGUGCGAGAAAAAUGGCAUCUGUACUGGAGGAUGGCUUGAUAAAAACGGGCUCAAUAGAGCAGGUGGUGGCCCCUCUGUCCACUCACCUGUGUCAUCUCAUCCUGCUCUGUGGGAGCGAGACAGAACUGGAUGAAUUCACCCGGCUGGAAGCUGCAGCUAAAGCCGUGGCCAAAGCGUCCAAACACAUGGCAGAAGUAGCAACAAGGUUAGUCGAAGACACUGAUGAUGAGGUCUUGAAGAUGGAAAUGGAUCCACUUGUUGAAUCCCUGACUGUUUCUGGUCAGCAUGUGCUCCUUGCCACCCAGAAGCUCAGCAUACAACCAGAGAUCAUAGAGCACAGAGAAGAACUCAUUGAAGCCACUCAAAAUGUGCUUGUAGGUGUGGUCAAGAUCCUGCUAGUGGAAGAUGACGCGACUGUAAGGAAGAUCACUGCAGCUGCUGAUUGGCUAUUGCGGUGCCUUUCACAAGUAGGAGCUGCAGCAGACAUCUCAUCGUUAUUGAAAGUGUUUAAAGCAUACUCAAAGGCAAUGCUGCUUCUUCACAACUUGGUGGUGGAAAGAAUUCAGGAACUGCGUGAUGACAAACAACAGCAGCGUUUGAGGGCUUCUCUAGAAACACUAAAAAAAUGCGUCUCCAUGCUGCACACUGCCAUGUACACGACCAUCAAACAUCCACACAGCGAGGAGGCACAGAGUGCAAAGCAGUACAUCUUAAACCAGGUGGACUUAACUGUAAAUGACAUCAUAGCCACACUCAAGAGCAACUGUGGCCCAGCUGCCAGGGGUUCAUGUGGAUGCUACACCGUAAUACGAAACAAAUUACUAAGACUGCUUUCUGACCCUGCUUGUGUUAAAGAUGGUGGUUUUGAUGUUAUACUUCGCGACCUAGUGUUCCACAGCAUGGCAGUAGCAAACACUUCUCGUAGGGAUAUUCAGUUUGAGGUUGCUGCACACUCUAAGCAACUCCUUCAGCUCUGGUCAGAGAUGUCACAACAAAUGAAAUGUUGUGAUGAUCAGCAGCUUGUAAACACAUGUGCUUCUCUUUUGAAUCAAAUCCACAAACUUGACGAUGCUAUGGUGAAGGCCACACAGUUGCGAGUAAUGGACAUAUUUGUCACAGCUUCAAGUCCUUUGGAACAGUUAGUGCACACCAUAAGCUUUAUCGCCCAGGAUGAGCAAGAUGAAGAUAAAUUGCAUGUGGAAACACUUCAGGUUGAAUCUGAAUCCUUCAUAGCUCAUGCUGACAAGAUUUCAGAAGUGGCUGGCUUUAUCUCAGCUUUAGCGUGUGAUGAAAAGAGUCUUGAGGGCGUAGAGAACUCAAGAGGAUGCAUCAUGAGACUGAAACAAGCAAUUUGCGUACUUGUGCAAAAUCUAGAGGAAGACGAUGUGCAUUCAAGCGAAACUUUGGAAAAAUUAAAAGAGAUGCAACAGAGAUGGUCAGAGGAGAUUGAGCAGCUCUUGCAUGCAUGUAGUAGCAUCAUAAACGUGAAGGACUUUGUCUGUCUUGCUCUUCAGGAGAUGCAGAGCAACUGGAUGGAGUUUGUCGAAGCACAUGAAGAUGAAGAUGCACAGUAUCUCACGAAACAAGCAAGCUUGCUUAUUGGCCAUAUGAGCUUGGUAAUACAGCUUGUGAGAAAACAUGUCAGUAAGAGUGACAAUCCUAUCUACCGUAAUGGACUUCUGGUUCUGAUAAAGCAAGCAGAAGGAUAUGCUGCCGAGGUGACAAGUUGUGUCACUGAUAUCUACUCUAACACCAGUCUUAGCAAUGAGGCUUUCUCAUUGCUCUCUGAUUGUGUUUCAAAAGCCCUAAAACAUUUUGACAUCCUGCGUGAAGGACUUGACGGUUUGCAGCAUCCACAUCUGCUUAGUCCUCUGCGGGAGGGGGCCCGCCAGUCUGCUGGUACCAUACCAUGUGCUAUGCCCAUUUCAGAGCAUGAAAGAUCAACUGAAGACCAUUCUGACAAAACAGAAGCUGAGACUUCAGUGCAAAGUCCUAGUAGUGAAGAGAUUCCAUGUCAGCUCAAAUCUGGUUUGGGGAAUCCAGCUGUUCAACUAAUACUGGAGCAUGAUGUACCAAACCCUGAAGAAGCAUGGAUAGCGCCUGUCACAAAAUCUAAAUCUGUUAUACAGCUCCAUAAUAUUGAGUUGCUGCCUCUCUUGUGUGAAGUUGUCUGCAUGACCAAAGGUAAAGAUGUGGAGGCUCUCAACAUGGCUUGCACUGGAGUUCUAGGACUCUCAAAUAGCUAUGCCCAAGCUACAAGAGAAGCCACCAGUGUCAUAGACACAGCUGAUAGCGAGGAAGUGGAAAGUCUGCGUUCCAAACUUGUGUCUUUGACACCAUUGCUUGUCCAGACAGCACAGGAAACAGCCAUGAGUUCUGCCAUGAGUACAGAUGGCAUUUAUAAACACAGUACAGACUUCUCUGACCUUAUCAAAAAUGCACGUAAGAUAUUGCUGCCAGUGGCAGGGAUGUGGUACCAUGGUGUUUACUCCAUGUUCCAAAACUAUGCACCCAAUAUGUUGGAGUCCAUCACACAGGAACUCACAGAGGUCAUGUGUUUAUGUGCAGACGCUGUGCAACUUGUAACAUCAGCGGAUAUAAAGGUGAUGGGCGAGUGUCAUGAGAGUAUAAUGUCUUUGCAGAGCAAGCUCCAAAAAGCUCAAACCAACACCAAGAAUCUCACAGACGUAGUGGGUUCGAGACCAACUCAAACUGAUGAACUUGAUGGUCUCUGCAUGCUUUGGGCCUUGUCUGUCCAAGUACUGUUAAACUCAUUAGAUAAGGUUGUGGGAACAGUUACGACUGAUGGUAAUAGGCACAUAAUCACACAUCAAAUGUCACCCAAGAAGUGGUUGUCAGUGAUGUCUGAGAACUCACUUCGCAUACAAGAAGCUGCAAAACUGUCUUCUUUGAACUGUCGAGAUAGCUACAGAGUUAAACUGCUAGGAGAACUACAAGAAGACGUAAAGACACUUACGGAUUCUUACCUGCAGGCUGCUGAAGAAGUUGGUACAGUGUCCCUCUCAAGUGUCCUGAUGCUGGCGAAAUCAGAGUUACUUCAGAGACAGCUUCAGAUCAAAAUAAAGGCACUCUCUUGUCUCCUGAGUAAAGUUAACCAUAAUUAUGUGACAGCCAUUCAAGAUACUAUUGCUUUGGCAUGCUCUGUCCAGAUAAAACAUAGUGGCAUGGAAACUGAAGACAAUCUGGCACAGUUUGAAAGGGCUACAGAAUUGCUUGUGCAGAAUGUUAAAAGGGCCACAGAGUCCAUUCAGGACUGUUUUAAUUUCAUUAGAGACCCAAAGGAAAGGUCCAAUCUGAGAUUCAUUAAUGACCACUUAACAUUUCAAAUGUCUGACAUUGUGAGUAGAGCCAGACUAAUUGCAGAAACGCAAACUCUUGGAGAUACUCUCACCCUUGAUAUUCAGUCACAGUGCUGGUCAGCAAAGGCACAUUACCUUGUUGAAGAAAUUUGCAAAGUAGAUGGAAUUCUUGCGGUCACGAAAGAAGAGAUCAAGUGUAGUUUGCAGUGCAAAGAGUCUUUUGGAGUCUUCCUGACACCAAGUUUCACAAAAAAGGCAACACCACAUCCUCUAUCCACAAAUAAUCAAAGCCCUACUAAAAGCAAACCAAGUACCAGUAUCCAAGGUGUGUCCAAUCAGGAACCAAAUAAGGAGGAGACAUCCCAGAAGAGCCCAAGAGGUCCUGUGUUCAACUUAGUAGAUACGACCCUCUCUUACACUUCUCUCUUUCUGAAACGAGAGACUGAGAAGUGGGAUGACCAGGGUAACCAGAUCGUCAGGGUGACAAAAGAAAUGGCUGAUAAACUCUAUCACAUGGCCCAGUACCUAAAGAAGAAAGGUCCAAUCCAGACCAAAGAUGCUUUUGUAACAUCUGCAAAAGACCUCGUCUCAGGUGGCCAAUCAAUCACCCAGUUUGUGCGUGUUAUAGCAGACCACUGUCUGGACAAGCAUUGCACUGAGGAGCUCUUUGUCAUUGCAGAGCAGAUUCUGACCAUUUCCAACCAACUUACCAUAAUUUCAAGUGUUAAUGCAGUUACUCCUGGGUGCAAAUCAUCAGACGAGAUCCUGGUGAAGAAUGCACAGAAUCUACUUCAGACAGUUAUCCAAGGAGUACGAGCAGCGGAGACUGCCUGCAUCAGGGGUUUAAAACAGCCUGAGCCAAACUCAGAAGCAGCAAAGGCAGCAGCUUUCUGUUUCCAGUGGAAAAAGAGUCUCCUUAUGCACCGAGCACAAGAACAGCUUAACCCAGAAACUGAUGAUUUGGGUCUACGUAGGACCUACCCACAUUCAACAGCACCCAGCCUUGCACCACCCAUCAACGUGUUAGAUAAUUACAAGUGAAUAAACACAAAAUAAAGAGUCUUAAUUUUAACUUCUGGAUAUUCUGUAUGUUGAGUCAACAGCAAUGCCAAACACUGUGAUAUAUCCCAUAGAUUCCUAACUUUUCUGCCUCACAAACCAAUCUAAAAAUGCACAACAAACUAAAUGUGCUUAACAGGGAAAAAAAGGGAAAAAAACCAACUUAUUUUGAGUCCACUGAAUAAUCAUAUGUAAUGCAUAUAUUUCAGCAUGUAAGAGAUGCAAAUGCAUUUUAGAAGCAUAAUUGUAAAAUAUAAAUGAAAUCAAGUCUGAAAUUGUAUUUGGACAGUGAUGAAAUAAUUUGACUAAAUUGUUUUGAUGUUAUCCUCUAAGUUCACUGUACAGUAAAAUGCAUUAGCCUGAAGGUCGCUCAGCUGGCUGCUAUUCAAGACACAAAAGUGACAUCCAUUUAAAAACACUAAUAUCCAAAUCACUUAAUCCUUUGUAUUUUAUUUUAAACAUCGAAUUUAAAAAAAGAGGAAAGUGACUGCUGUAUUUAAAUUCCCUUACUAGCAUUUCAGUCAGACUGGUAAAAGAACACAAAAGCAGUUCAGCAAUAUCAGUGGAAAAACAUAUACAAAUAAAAUAGAACUAU